CCUACAGCCUGGUUUACGUUCAACCCGGUAAUAGAAAGUGAAAGUGCCUGGAAGAGAUUGCUUCUCUGUUCUAGCUCUGACCUCCAUGGCUGACGUACCAGAAGAGGUCUGUGCUUUCUGUAAGGAGGGAGAAGAAGCUGGGAUCCUGAGGAAUACUUCUAAUGAAGACAUCCUAGCUCAUCACAAUUGUCUGCUUUUCUCACCGGGAGUGAUUACAAGACCCCAGCAAGACUCACAAGAUAGUACAGCUGAAUUUGAUAUUCCUUCUGUGAUAUCGGAAAUAAACAGAGGAAAAAAACUGAGCUGUUCAUACUGUAGCAUAAAAGGAGCAACUGUUGGCUGUAAUAACAGAUGGUGCAGAAAAACAUACCAUUAUCUAUGUGUAACGAAAGCCAAAGGUAGACACAUUAGAGAGGAGGACAAAGAACUGUAUAUUGCUUAUUGUUAUAAACAUGCAAGAACAGAUCAAAUUGCAAAAGAAGCUCAGAAGAAUAAUGGCACAGAAACAUCUGGAACUUCCAUACUAUCAGCCUGCUCAAACAAAGCACGUAAAAACAAAACACCGGAUAAAAGGAAAAAGGAAAUGAAACACAAGACUGCAAGGAAAAAAUUGAGAUUUGAUAGAAUGCCUAAUCCUGGAACUGUGCGAAAUGCAGAAAUGCGUCAUGACUCAGAUAACCGCACAAAUGAAGACGACAUGGAAGUUCCAGGACCAUCUUCUAAGACAUGCCUUGUUCAAAUAGAUUUUUAUAUUAGAAGUGAUUCUGGAUCUGAUGGGGAAUCAUCAGAGCCAAAUGGUUCCAACUCUGCUCAGAUAGGAGCUGAGCACAAUCCAGGAUUGAGAACGGAGCCAGAGAGGAUGCACACGCUGUCAGAUCACACAUAUCAUGAACAAAUGAAAGCACUAGAACCAUCUACACCUUUACAGCAGCAGGAGCAACCUACAAUUGUCAUUGGAAGUAAUAGUGAAACUGAAGAUGAAUUACCAGUGUUUAAUGGCUCUCAGCUUGUUAACUUAAAAGGAGAAGGAUCUUCAACCAAAGAUAAUACGCCUGUUACGGAUACGCCAUCUAGAUUAUUGCAAAAAACUCUGCCAUCACCUGCUCGGGAACGUACAUCAAGCAUCAGCACAGAUUCCAGUGGUCCUCGUACCCCAGAAAUAACGUGUUCGCUCUCUAUCAGUGGUUUUCCCAAAAAAAAUAAGAAGCGCAAACGCAAAAGAAAUAAUGCAGAGCUUGAAACGGCUCUGUUGACUAUGCCACCCGAGGAAAGGGCUGCCUACUCUCAAUUGUAUGAUGAAGUUGGGGGUUCAUUGGACAUCUCCACACAUAAUGACUGUGAUGUUGAGCAAAUAAAAGAUGCUUCCAAUGAGACUGUGGAAGACAUUCCUAAGGAUCAACAUACUGGUACAAAGGCAUGUUCAAAUAAAAAUAAUCAGAAAUUUGCUGCAUUAGAGUCUUCAGUGUCAACAUGGACCCCAGGCCAGAUUGCCAGCUCCACUCCUGUACACAAUGCCACAAGUGUUUCACAACUUCCUAGACAAUCUCCUGUAGUAACAAAUUCUCCAUCUCGGCAGUUUACUAACAGUACAAACAUAGCUUUGGCGUGCAAUGUAAACUCUCACAAUUCAAGUGUUCCUGUAGACCAGACAGAAACGAUCCAUAAGAGACAAAGUCAAUCUAUAGCUAAUCUCUCAGCCAUUACAACUGGAACUGAGCUGUUGAUUGAGCAGCCUUCAUGCUCUUCCCUUGCCAGUAAUAAAUGCACAGGAGUGUCAGCCAGCUCCCCUAGAGCAAAGAAGGCCUGUCUUCUAAAAGAAUUACUGAUCAAAGGAGCACAUACUGCCAGAAAAGUCCCACCAAUAUCUGCUGGUAUCAAAGGUGGUAAAGCAACAGAGGUACAGAAUGCAGCUUGUAAUGCCAGUCCACUGCAUAUAAAAGCAUUGUCACAUCUUCCUAGACAUUCUCCUGGAGUAAUAAGUUCUCCAUCUGGACAAUUUAUUAACAAUACAAGCAAAGUAAAAAAUCCAGAUAGUCUGCAAGGUACUACAUUCAAUCCAGCAAAUGUUGCUAAUGGCAGUGGUUCAUUAUCUUCCAUUCAUGGUGAAAUGUUGACAUCUGCAGAUUCGGCUGCUGAUGAAAACAGUACAAGAGCCCAACCUAUGGACAUAUGUAAUGGCAAAGAUAAAUUAGUGUCCACUAGUGCAGUCUAUCAUAGUCCCACGGAACCUUUAGUUGACCAGCCUUUGAACUCCAGCAGUAGAAACAAGGCAUCAAAUAAACAGCCGCUUAUGAAGUCUCCAAAUAAUAACAUAUCAAGUGAGCAGCAUAAUAAACAUACCAAAAAUAAGGAUCUAGGGCUGGCAAACUUAGGAAAAACAGUGAAGAAACAUGAAGAACAACAUUUUUCUAGGCAUGCCCCUAGCUUAACUUUAGGCCGUGCUAAUACUGACAUACUGUCAGAUCAGGAGCCUCUGAACUCUCCAAGUGUUAGCAAGACAUCAAAUGUGCAACCUAUGAACCCUCAAUUUACCAGCGAAUCGUCAGAGGAGCAGUGUAGGCUAUCCCCAGGUUUUAGCCAGUCCUCAGGUGAACAGUCCACAAGAAAAGUCCUUACCACAAAAGCUUUGGUGCACACUGUAAAUUCUCAUGAAUCGGAUGCUCCUGCAGACCUGACAACAACAGUCCUCAAGAGACAAGGUCAAUCAGUAGCUCAUCUCUCAGCCCUUACUACUGGAACUGAUUUGUUGAUUGGAAAAACUUCACAGAAUGCAACUGGUCAUCCCAGUCAACUGCAAAUAAAAACAUUUUCAGAUCAACUGAAGAGAGGAUAUUUUCGUAAAACUUUCAAAAACAUUACUGUACAGUUUCCAAGCACGGCAAAAUCUGUGGUGACAUCAUUGAGCAAAUUACAAAGCAAAGAGGGUGAUGUGACCUCUGAACAAACUUCAGAACACCGUAUUGUUUCCCAACAAACUCAGAAAUAUUUCAGUAGUGUGGAUGGAGACCUUAGAAAUUCAGGUCAGAGAGCAGAUGAGCCAGCUUCUCCUGGUAAGCCCCCAAAAGAUGAAUGCAUGCUUGUGGAGGAGAUAACACAUGCAGAUGACGACACUGUACUACUUUAUGUGGAUGCUGGGCAAACAUUGGACAAGCCAGCUUCUCCUAGUAGCCAUCAGGAAAAUGGAUGCAAACUUGUGGAGAAGAUAACACACGCAGAUGAAGACACUAUGCUCAUUUAUGGGCAGACAGCAGAUGAGCCGGAUUCUCCUGGUAAACCCCCAGAAGAUGGACCCAUGCUUGUGGAGAAGAUAACACAUGUAGAUGAAGACACUGUACUCCUUUAUGAUGCAGGGCAGACAUCGGACAAGUCAGCUUCUCUUAGUGACCUCCAGGAAGAUGGACCCAUGCUUGUGGAGGAGAUAACACACACAGAUGAAGACAUGGUACUCCUUUCUGGACAGACAUCGGACAAGCCAGCUUCUUCUAGUGACCAUGAGGAAAAUGAAUGCAUGUCUGUGGAGGAGAUAACACACACAGAGGAAGACACUGUAAUCCGUUCUGAUACAGGGCAGACAGGGAAUAAGCCAACUUCUCCUGGUAAGCCCCCAGAAGAUGGACCCAUGCUUGUGGAAAACAUACCACAUGCAGGUGAAGACACUGUACUCCUUUAUGAUACAACAAAUGUUGCUGCACUGACCGCAAAGUCUUCACAAACAGAAAACAGCUCUGGAUUUCCUGCAAAUGUUGACAAGCCGAUGAAUUUAAGCAAUGACCAAAAAAAAAAACUGAUUGAGAGUUAUAAAGAGGCUGAAAAACAGAUGUCAAGAACUGGAGACACAACAAAAGAAGCUCAAGCUUUCUGGCAUUUGUGCCGAGAAAACAGAUGCCAAGAAUUCUUGCUAACCCUGACAAUAUGCUACAUGAAAUCAAUCCUUCACAAGAUUGUACACGAAGAGCCCAAGGACAGAGACUUUGAGCAAGCAUUCGCCUUUCUCCAAGCAAGUGGAUGUUUUGCUGAUUUUACAAAUGGAACAGAAGAUCUCCAGGCAAAGAACAAUUCCAGGUCUACUAGCAGAGAGGCAUACAAUGAAAGUGAUUCAGAUAGUGUUGGUUCGUGUACAGAAGUGAAAGACCAAGGAGAAAUCACCAGAGAUGAAGACCCUGAUAGGAUGGAAUCUGAAUCGCCUGAAUCAUCCCAAAUGAGCAACAAAAUAGGACAAUGUACAAGAGAUGAAGACCAUAAUAAAGAGGAAACUGAAUGGUCCAAAACAUCUUUAUUGUCAGUAAACAGCAAUUUAAAGGAAAGCUCUAGAGAUGAAGACCUCAAUGGUAUGCAAAGUGAAUUGUGUCGAUCAUCUUUAGAAAGCAAUAGGAAAGAGGAGCCCUGUAGAGGCGAGGGCCACGAUGAUAUACAAAGUGAAUCGGGUGAAUCAUCUUUAGAGAGCAGCAGGAAAGAGGAAAGCUGUAGAUGCGAGGACCAUAAUAUACAAAGUGAAUCGUCUGAAUCAUCUUCAGAGAGAAGCAGAAAUAAGCAAAGCACUGAAGGUGACGACCUAGACGAAAUGGAAAUGGAAUCUUCUGCAGCAUCUCUAUUUUCACCUUCAGCAAGCAGCGAAAGUGAUCUGGUUCUGCCUGAGAACGCCUCUCGGAGACACAGGGCUUUAGAAGAAAUUCAGAUAAAGACCAUGAAAACAAAUUUGCGGCUUCUGAAGGUUCAAGUGAAAAACUUACAGUACCAACUGCAGCAGCAAUCCGAAGAUGGAGAUGCAGGUUUUGCCACAAACCUAAUUCAGUUCCUGAGGAAAGUUCCAGAAGAUAAAAAGUUGUCCACGCAAAUGUCUAUUCUAAAUGUCUUAUCGUCGGUUUUGGGUCAGCAGCCAAUGUCUAUAUCAAACCCUGACUGUGUACCAUAACAAUAUACAAAUCCAUCUUCCCCCAGACUUGGUGGACAAACUCUUCCUCCUAAGCCAAAGCCAUAGGCCACAAAUGUAUGAGACAUAUACUGAUAAAUGGCUGCCACAGAUACAGAACAUUAUAUACUUUGACAUAACUGUCUUAAAGAUGAUAAUAGCAUAUUGUAUAUGAACAGAUUGUUGCGUCAAAAUAUCAAUUUUGUUUUUUUAUGUA